CCGAUCGCCGCGCAGAGCGCAGACCCCUCGGUGGAUGACACCUGGCCGGCGGCUGCCAUGGAGGGGGACGGUUCAGACGCGAGGGUUACCAUGAAGAAUAUCGAACGGGAGCUUGUGUGCCCAGCCUGUAAGGAGCUGUUUACCCACCCUCUGAUUCUCCCUUGUCAACACAGUAUCUGUCACAAAUGUGUGAAAGAGCUCUUACUGACACUAGACGAUUCCUUCAACGAUGUGGGUUCCGACACCUCCAAUCAGAGCAGCCCUCGGGUCCGCCUCUCCUCGCCCAGCAUUGACAGAAUGGACAGAGUCUGCAGACCUGGUUGGAAGCGAAAUUCGUUGACUCCCAGAACAACCACUUUUCCUUGCCCUGGCUGUGAGCAUGAUGUGGAUCUUGGAGAACGGGGCAUCAAUGGUUUGUUCCGGAAUUUUACGUUGGAAACAAUUGUUGAGCGAUACCGGCAGGCCGCCCGGGCAGCCACAGCCAUAAUGUGUGACAUGUGUAAACCUCCACCCCAAGAAUCCACCAAGAGCUGCAUGGACUGUAGCGCGAGCUACUGCAAUGAGUGCUUCAAGAUCUAUCACCCUUGGGGCACUGUGAAGGCCCAGCAUGAGUACGUGGGGCCCACCACGAAUUUUAGGCCCAAGAUUCUGAUGUGCCCUGAGCAUGAGACAGAGCGAAUAAACAUGUACUGUGAGCUUUGCAGAAGGCCUGUGUGUCACCUCUGUAAGCUGGGUGGGAACCAUUCUAACCACCGUGUUACUAGCAUGAGCAGCGCCUACAAAACCCUCAAGGAGAAGCUUUCAAAGGACAUCAAUUACCUUCUUGGUAAGGAGAGCCAGGUGAAGAGUCAAAUAUCUGAGCUCAAUCUGCUGAUGAAAGAAACUACGUGUAAUGGAGAGAGAGCGAAAGAAGAAGCAGUCGAACAGUUUGCAAAGCUCCAUGAGCUCCUAGAAGAGAGGAAAAUGUCGGUUUUGAAAGCAAUCGAUGCAUCUAAGAAGCUGAGACUCGACAAAUUCCAGACUCAAGUGGAAGAGUAUCAGGGGCUCUUGGAGAACAGUGGACUGGUAGGCUAUGCUCAAGAGGUGCUGGAGGAGACGGAUCACUCUUGCUUUGUCCAGACAGCAAAACAGCUCCACCACAGGAUACAGAAAGCCACGGAGUCUUUAAAGAGCUUCAGGCCAGCAGCGCAGACUUCUUUCGAAGACUAUGUUGUCAAUAUAUCGAAGCAGACAGAACUUCUGGGGGAAUUGUCCUUUUUCUCUAGUGGCAUAGAUGUUCCAGAGAUCAAUGAAGAACAGAGCAAAAUGUACAACAAUGCUUUGAUAAGUUGGGACCAUCAAGAGAAGGAUAAGGCAGAUAACUAUGUCUUGGAGUACCGAAAGAUCACCCGAGAUGAGGAAAUAAUGUCUUGGAAUGAGGUAGAAGUGCUCGGAACCAGUAAAGUUAUCUCCGAUCUUGAAAAGAACUGUAGCUAUGCUUUCAGGGUCAGAGCAUACAAGGGUUCCGUCUGCAGCCCCAAUAGCCGUGAGCUGAUUCUCCACACUCCUCCAGCUUCAGUUUUCAGCUUCCUUUUUGACGAGAAGUGUGGCUACAGCAACGAGCACCUGCUCCUGAGCCUGAAGAGGGACCGAGUGGAGAGCCGUGCUGGUUUCAACCUCCUGCUCUCGGCUGACCGCAUCCAGGCGGGCUCGUACAUCACUUUGGACUACAUCGUGGGGGAUGUGGGCAUCACUUCGGGGAAGCAUUUCUGGGCCUUCCGGGUGGAGCCCUACUCUUACCUCGUCAAGGUGGGCGUCGCCUCCAGUGAGAAGCUGCAGGAGUGGUUCCGCUCGCCCUCGGAUGCCAGCAGCCCCAGGUAUGAACAAGACAGUGGGCACGACAGUGGGAGUGAGGAGACCUGCUUCGAUUCGUCCCAGCCUUUCACCUUGGUCACUCUAGGCAUGAGGAAAUUUUUCAUACCCAAGUCACCUACUUCUUCGAAUGGGACGGAAAACCGAGUCCUGCCUAUGCCCAGCAGCAUCGGGGUGUGCCUGGACUGUGAUCAAGGCCAGGUGAGUUUCUACGACAUGGACCACAUGCGAUGCCUGUAUGAGCGCUCCUUGGACUGUUCUCACACCAUGUACCCUGCCUUCGCGCUCAUGGGCAGCGGUGGAAUCCAGCUUGAAGAACCCAUCACAGCCAAGUACCUCGACUACCAAGACGAUGUGUAGAUUAAGCACCGGAUGUGAUUUAGGAUAAAAAAAAAAUAAUAACGAGCGGAAUAAGGCCUCAGUGUUAAUGUUUGCUACUCUGAUUACAGAUCAUCUAAGUAUCUGUCCUCCACCUGGUCUGUUGUGUGUGCUUUUUUGUGGGAAUGCAGAAACCCCAAGGGGCCCCCUUACCUCUGGCAUGUACCUGUCUUCCUCUCAAUACUCAGUGGUGAUGAAAUGAGCAUGGAUGGGUCUCCUUUUAGACCCAGGAAACUGAGUCCCUCAAUGUCAGCUGACAUUUUGGAGUUGCCACUGCCUUUGGUGGGAUACAGAAUGUUUUGUGUGUGUCUUUUAUGUUUGCAUCAUUGUUUGUUGGCCUCCUCAGACUAUCUCUUUGAAAUGCCUUAUUGUAGAAUUAGUACUGAGCACUGUGUCUUGUGUUUGUUUUGAAUAGGAAGACAAAAGCAGAGAUAUGUUAACAUACACACAAAGCCAUAGAUAUGGUAGCGUAUUUAAAAGAGGAAUUAUGCAUUUUAAAUGACAAGUACAAUGCUGGCCAAAUGAAUACUGCUAGGGUUUCUCGAGACCAGAAAUUAUUUGCUUAAGGAGACUGGAAGAUUCUUCUUGGCUGGGUGCCCACACCUGCCUAUCAUAAAUGUGGUUUCUUACAGG